AUGGAAGUAAAUCGUUGGGCACCCCACAGAGCCCGGAGCUUAGCGAGUCUUUGGUUAAUUCUCAAAAAUACAUUGCCGCCUGCAAAUGGGGCCUACCGACACUUGAUUUUAGGUACACGUGAAUUUGUAAUUUUUAGGUUCGUAUUUGGGGGGGCCCAUAUAAACGACCCGGCCGCUUUGGAUGCCUUUAUUUUGGGCUCUAAAAAAAACUUCACCUCUUUGUACAGGAAAAUUGGACAGCCAGACCGACAGACCGAUCAUUGUGUUACGAAGAAGCACGAUUUCUUGCCUAGCCCUAUUCCGAUCUCAUCCCAGGAGCUACAUUCUAACGAAGUUGACUUUUUCUUUAAAUCAAUCACAAGCUUUGCAGGAAAUUCGUCUGCAAAUAACGUCGACCUCCACCAUCAGCCUUUAAAGGACAUGCCCGAUUCGCCGCAUUUGAAAGCGAACAACAAAAGAAGGAGCAGCUUGCUUUCUAACGAAGAUACACGCUCCAAUAUACCGGUUUACAAGGAAAACGACGUGUCUUCAGAAUAUUCGUCCCCAACAUUUUCUCAAGAUUUCAAAUCCAAUAUUGCAUUUGGGCUUCAUCGAGCUGGGCUGGCCUUUUCUGAUCUCCCUAACCGGGAUCAAAAGGCAAGCUUAUCCCUAUUCAAGGGAUGUGUAAUAUGUUUCUCUCAGCGUCUUUGGGUAAUUGACUGGGCUAUUUAUUUAUGUGUUAGCAUCGACGAUCCGAGUACGUUGAUAUUGUGGAAGAGCGUGGUGGAGUUAUCACAUGGUCGUUUUCUUCGCAAGUCACUCAUUUUGUGCAUCGUACACUUGGAAUUAUUGAUUCACAUAGAGGGCGCAAAAGCGGAGGAAAGAUUUCGCGAGUUUAGGCUUGCCAAGAGCAGAAGUAUUCCGAUCUCAAAUGACAUGUGCUGCCUAUUGCCCACACAGGCAUAUCCCCAUACAUAUGACCCCAUGCGCAGUCUUCAAUUUCACGUUCCCGAGUCUGAAGAUGCCACUGCGAAUUCGGUUUGUAAAACGACCGGCAUGCCAGCCCCCUCAGCGCCAAACGAUGCACCAACAUUUGUCCACUUUUUGGACCAAAUCCUUCAGCAGAGGAAGGAUGCAUGUCCCAUUUUGUAUUCUCCAUCUCCAUUUGUCGGCGAUGCUAACCCCAUCACCUCGGAGCCAGAAGGCGAAGAUUUUUCCUCGAUUCUGCUCAAAAACUCUGCCAAACGUACCCAUCCAUCCAAUUGA